UUAUAAUUUUAGAUCUAACGAGUUCGGUCCAAUCGGAUUUGGAUUCUAAACCGUAGCAGAGCUGGGUUGGAUUUUGUAGUAUAUGUUCACAGGAAUCUAGGGGUCAAGCCUUUAAAUCAGUACUUCAAAAAGAAAACAAUAUAGCGCACCUGAGUACCUGAGUACAGUUUCUCACUAGUCACUACCAUGCUAACACCUCAACCUCCUGCACUUCUCCCUGAAACGCCAAUGCUUCAAUCCACUCCUGAUCUCCCUGCUUACUUGCAGGAAAAGGAGCUUUUCCAAGAGUUGAGGGACUUGAUAGUGUCACUACCCGCCGAAAAAGGCUGGGUUGCAAAUUAUCUCCAUCAAUAUCAGGGUUUCUGGCACACUACUAGGCAACUCCAAGGAGUACUAGCUUGCCAAAAACAUUUCCAAGCUCAUCAUACUGAUAUCCUCCUCGUCACCACUCCUAAAUCAGGCACCACUUGGUUGAAGGCGAUAAUGUUUGCCUUGAUGAAUCGGGCUCGCUUUCCUGACCCUAAACAACACCCUUUGCUCACCAACAAUCCUCAUGUGCUUGUGCCUUUCCUGGAACUGGAAUACAUUGAUACACAGUUCCCUGACUUCACCAGCUUCAUCUCUCCAAGGCUGUUUUCAACCCAUUUGCCAUUUGUGUCGCUUCCAAAAUCUGUGGAGGAUUCAGGUUGCAAGUUUGUUUACUUGUGCAGGAACCCUAAGGAUACUUUUGUGUCCCUUUGGCACUUCACUAACAAGCUGAGAAAACCUAAAGAAAAGGUUGAAAAUUCGCUUGAAGAGGCCUUUGACAAAUUCUGUAGGGGUGUGAGCUUGUGUGGGCCAUUCUGGGAUCAUGUUUUGGGAUAUUGGAAGCAGAGCUUGGAAGACCCUGAAAGGGUAUUGUUCUUGAAGUACGAGGACUUGAAGAAAAAACCCAAAGCGCUGCUGAGGAGACUAUCUGAGUUCUUGGGAUGUCCAUUUUCUCAAGAAGAAGAAAACUAUGGUGUGACGGAUGAAAUCUUGAACUUGUGUAGUUUUGACAAGUUGAGCAAUCUGGAGGUGAAUAAGACCGGAAAAUUACCCUCCGGAGAGGAGAACUGCACCUUCUUUCGGCGAGGUGAGGUAGGAGAUUCCAUGAAUUAUCUGACGGCUGAUAUGUUAGAAAAAAUGGACCGCAUCACAGAACAAAAGCUGAAGAGUUGUGGUUUAAGUUUGCUGUAAGUAUCUUUAAUCUUAAUGAUGUCUGAGUGGCUGUACUAAAUCAUGGUUGGUAUGUCUGCUGCCUUAUCGUCAAUUAUUAUUAAGGUAAGAUCUUUGUUAUGUACGAUAAUGUCUUAUUGGAAGGCAUAUAUUAUAUUAUAUUGUAAUAAGAUUCUGCUUUUUAUGAUUAAA